CAAACAAACGCGAAGGCUGCCCGGCCCUCGCGGCUAUAUUAGCCAGCGCCUGCCCACGCAAGAGACUGCACAGAGAGAGGCCUAAGCACCAGCACCAGCACCACCACCAGUGAUCCGGCCAAGGUCCGUACCGACCAAAGACGGCCGGGGAGGAGAUGGCCGCCUCCGGGACCGGGAACAACAGGUUCGCCCAUACAUGCGCUCGCGUGCGGCAGUUCAUGAUGGAGCAGAACAGGCAGGUGCGAAUGGAUGACCUCAUCGGCUCCUCCUCGUCCCCGAGGCCACUGCAACUGACGCCAGUCCCUGUAGCGACGGGGCCGCCGCCGGCGGCUGCCUGGGAGACCGACGCCGGCGCUAGGACUUUGCCGCUGUUCCCCGUCCGCAAUAGCAGUAGCACGGAGAUCAUCAGGCCAGAGCAGGAGGCCAAGGCCACCCUAACCAUCUUCUACCAGGGCCAGGUGGCAACGUUCCACAACUUCCCGGCAGACAGAGCCAAGGACCUUAUACAAAUGGCAGGUUCUGUGACCGGGGAGGCGCCGGGGAAAGGGGUGACGACGACGACCGCCGUGCCAGAAAAGGCCGGGACCAGUGGUGGUGAGCCGUCGGCUGCAGGGGUAGCUGGCACGCCGCCCAUCGCAAGGAAGCUCACGCUACAGAGGUUCCUUAGGAAGAGGAAGGACAGGAUCGCCGGCGCUGACGGCCGCGGCCACAAUGAGGAUGCUCCGCCGCGGAAGAAGACAGACUCCGCUGGCGCCGGCGCCAACGACCCCGCCGAAUACGUUCCUGAUGAAGCCUCGUGGCUCAGGCUCUGAAACCCGCUCUUCACUGCAAAUUUGCAGGAGAAUAAUAUGAAUGAGAAGGGCAAGAGUGCUGGCAUGCAUGCCACACAUCCUCUAAAAUGAUACAAUAAUAGUGCCGUGUGUGCCUGUCAGAAUUCCUAAGAAUUCUUAGGCAUUGUUUGAAAGGGCUGUAACUUUUUUUUCUGAAAGCACCUUGCCGUGAAGCUUUUAGAACAUCUCUAACAGGAGAGAUGUAUAGAACUCUAGCGCAAAAAAUUGCUUCAACGAGAGUUCUAUUUUACAAAAAUUCAUCAAAAUUAUAGGACUCUGUCAGAUAUUGUUAACAUUUUAUUUCCUAAAUAAUAUGAUAUAGGACUCAGUUUUGUUGGA